GACUCAUUCUCUGUCGGAGCGAUUCCUUAUUUGUUCUUUGCAUGGUAGAACGACAAAAUCAAUUUGGAUCUUUCUCGACUCUCUGUCCUGUAAUUAUCAGUCAAACUUCGCUGCGUUGCAAAAUUGAAACUACAAUGCCUCGUGUUUUUAAUUAAGAUUUGAAACUUUCUACUCUGCAACAAACUCCCUUUAUAUUGCCUUAUCCUCACUGUCACCACAGGUUAUUUUUCUCUUCUUUUCAACUUAUCAAUGGCGGCAAAAGCACCGGAACCUACUGCCAGUUGUCCCAAUAGCACCCACUCCAUUGAUCCCAACACUGGUUUUUGUAAAGAAACUAGAACCUUUCACAGCCUGAGACCCUACACCCCUCUGCCACCACCAAAUGAGCCUCUUUCCAUUACCCAGUUGGUUUUCUCUCUUCUCAACUCUUCCACCACCAACCCCACCGCCGAUACUUUUCUUGUCAAUGCCAACACAAGCCAUUCUAUCACCUACGCUCAAUUCCUGAGCCAGACCCACUCUCUUUCCCUCGCUCUCAAUGCUCAUUAUUCUCUGUCUACCAACGACGUCGCUUUUAUCCUCUGUCCUCCUUCUAUCCAAGUCCCAAUUCUCUAUUUCUCUCUUCUUUAUCUUGGCGUUAUUAUCUCUCCCGCCAACCCACUCGGUUCCAAGUCCGAGGUAACUCACCAAAUCCAACUAUGUAAGCCCAAAAUCGCAUUCGCCACGUCACAAACAGCUCAUAAACUCCCUUCUCUCCCUCUCGGCACCAUCCUCAUCGACUCGCCUGAGUUCCUCUCGCUGUUGACCCAAUCCAACGCCACCACCCAUGACCUACUCAAUCACGUUGAAGUGAACCAGUCUGACACCGCAGCAAUUCUCUACUCCUCAGGAACAACCGGGAGGGUCAAAGGCGUAUCUUUGACUCACCGGAACCUGAUCGCCUUAAUCUCUGGGGUCCUUCACAACAACAGGGUAGACCCGAAUGAACCGGAACCUCACCUAGUAUCACUUUUUACGCUGCCAAUGUUUCACGUUUUUGGAUUCAUUAUGUUGUUAACUGCUGCUGCGCUGGGGGAGACGGUGGUCUUGAUGGAGAGGUUUGAUUUUGAAGGAAUGUUGAGAGUCGUGGAGAAGUACAAGGUCAAUUACAUGCCGGUUUCGCCGCCGCUGAUUGUGGCGUUUGUGAAAUCGGAAUUGACCAAAAAGUAUGAUUUGAGCUCCUUGUUGUUGCUGGGAUGCGGCGGUGCACCUCUGGGUAAGGAGGUCGCCGAUAGAUUCAAGGAAAAAUUCCCACAGGUGGAAAUUGUCCAGGGAUAUGGGUUGACUGAAACUGGAGGUGGGGCGACAAGGAUGACAGAUCCUGAAGAGUGCAAGAUGCUUGGCUCUGUUGGUCGCCUGGCCGAAAAUAUGGAAGCUAAGAUUGUUGAUCCUGUAACUGGAGAGGCUUUGCCUGCUGGCCAGAGAGGGGAGCUGUGGUUGCGAGGGCCAACUAUCAUGAAAGGUUAUGUAGGAGAUGAGAAGGCAACUGCUGAAACCUUGGAUUCAGAGGGUUGGUUAAAGACUGGGGAUCUUUGUUAUUUUGACUUUCAGGGUUUCCUCUAUAUUGUUGAUAGGUUGAAGGAACUGAUCAAAUACAAGGGAUAUCAGGUGCCCCCAGUUGAAUUGGAACAGUUACUGCAAUCCAAUCCUGAAAUUGCUGAUGCUGCUGUGAUUCCUUAUCCUGAUGAAGAGGCUGGGCAAAUUCCCAUGGCCUAUGUAGUGAGAAAACCGGGAAGCAAUAUUACUGAGGCUCAGACUAUGGAUUUCAUUGCAGAACAGGUUGCACCGUACAAGAAGAUAAGGCGAGUAGCUUUUAUCAAUUCUAUCCCAAAAACUGCAGCAGGGAAGAUCCUGAGGCGGGAGCUGGUCAGUCAUGCUCUCUCAGGUGCUUCAUCCAAAUUAUGAUCCAUUUGCUUCAAACAAUAUGUGAAGACUGGACCUUACAGACAAAGUCAUGUCAAAGUAUUCCCCAUUUACACAUAACAUGAAUAAUUUUCAUCAGCAAGAAAUUGAUUGCAGUACAGCCUGGGAGCUGGUAAGAGGGCUUUCAAGUUUCAGUAGAGAACCGGAUUCACCCCAAGUGGAGUACCGAACCUGUAGUAUAGUUAUUCUAUUCAUUUCUCAGGAAUUUACUGAACAAUAAGAUACCUGUCAUGCAUAAACAUCAUGCAGAUGAUCUUUGCAAGCCAACAGUGUAAUAGAGCAUUGCAAUGAAUAUAUGCAAGGUGUCUAUAGCCACAAACGUUUGGACUUGGCAGCUCAACUAUGGAUUUAUUGUUAAUGAUAAAAAUUUAAUAUAGUUUAAUGAUAUUUUGAUUGUA